ACAUUUUAUCAACCGUAAUUUUCGAAAAAAUAACAAUAAAAAUAGUCUUGCUACCUAAACAGUCUGAAAUUCUGUCAGUCUUGCAACAAAUAGUUCAGGAUAGUAAUUAUGGCCAGUUGCGAUGUGCAAGCCACUCCAUCGGAUGACAAUAUAGAAGAGGAUACAGCCGAAGCCGAAACACAGACCGAAUCAGUCAAUAAAUUUGAAGCCCGUACUACCAAGAAUGGGACCGUGCCGCAGCCAACCAAAAUUCCGGGACCCGUACGCCUAGAUAACACCGGUAGCUACAUCCACACCAGUACUCGCAAGUACACCAGCCUGAUGAAAUCGCUGCAGACCAAGGGCGAACACGAUGACAGCUUCAGCAGCACCAGCACCCUGGUGAACACAGCCGAAGAUUCCGGCAUCCAAAUGGACUGCUCAACCGUAGAGACCGAUGAAAUGAAUGCAUAUUCGGAUAUUCCGUGUCAGCCGAGCAGCUCCACGCCCCGUCUGCAGCGCAGCACCGAUACGGUUGCGAUCAGUGGAAGUCUCCAGGAAUUGGAGGAGGCCGAGCAGCAGACUCUACGCGUGCUGCAGCGUGCAGUCGCCGAAAUGGAGGCGGAUGUGGCACUACACGCUGAGCUACUUGAGGAACAGAUGAAGCUUGAGCUGGAGAACCAGCAGAAACUGCAAUUUGAGGAGGACGUCCAACAGGAGUUUAAGAAAACGCUGUUGCCAGAAACAGUCGAGGAGCAGAAACAGCAGCAGCAGCCAGAUCACAAGCAGCUGAAGCUGCAGCCCGAGCAACAGACACCGUCCAUCCAUGCCAGAGCUGGUGUCCGUGAGCGCAAGCAUGUGCGAGUGGAGCAACUGCUUGAGGCGGAGCACGACAUUGAAUUGCUGCACAAACUGCUCCAGGUGGACGAAGGCGAGCAGCUGGCCCAUGGCGAGCUGAAUAACGCUCUGGCCCAGCCCAGCGAGAAGCUUUGUUUGCCCGAUCUGAACGCCGGCAAGGACAUGGAGGAUCUGGAUAGAUGCGCUACCGAUUCAGCUGCAGCUGAGUUCAAUCGCAAACACAUUAGCCUUCUGCACUCGCUGCUGCAUAUUAUCUGUGGAAAAGGCAUCCGCAAACUGAGCUAUCCCAUACUAUUUUGUGGCAUGGCUGUUGGUCUGAUUUAUUACUUUCGUAAGGAUUAGGGCAUUGUAGGCGUAAACCAAUUUGGCGUAACAAAUUCCCAAAACACACAAAUUCAAGGGCUUUGCAUGUGCGCAACGAACGCAACUAAAUCGAUUUCCAGUUGAGUUCCCAAAAUUAUAUUUAUUUUAUUAAUAAAAUAAAUCGCCUAUACUGCCACAAAUCCUGCGGCGCUACAAAAAAGUCACUGUUUUCGGAACUGGAUAUGAAACAAACAACAAGCAAUAAAUGUAACUAACUUUAUAUCAACAAACAAUCAAUAAAUAAACAUGCGUC